CUCCCAGAUCCAAAGAUGCCCAAAAGCCUCGGGACGGGCAACAGGGGGAGGGGAGCAGAUGCCGCCAGCAAUCUCCCCCCGCGCGGGGGCGCGCGCGCAGCCGCCGCUCCCUCCUCCCCUCUCCAUGGUGCCUCACAGCCUUCUGCCCUCUCCCCUCGUUUCCGGAGUUGCUGUUUUCGGCCAACUUCCGUUUCCGGCUUUCUAGUUCCGGGUUCUCCGGUGGAGGCGGCGAUGGCAGCGGCCUCCUCCUCCUCCUCGGCGGCGACCCCGGGCUGCCGUGAGGGCCCGGCGGUAGCGGCAGGGCCUGGCUGGAGCGACUCCCAGUUCCGUCGUUACUCCUUCGAGACGCGGCCCAUCCCGCGGCUCAGCCACAGCGAUCCGCGCGCCGAGGAGCUCAUCGAGAACGAGGAGCCAGUGGUGCUGACAGAUACGAAUCUGGUUUAUCCUGCUCUGAAAUGGGACCUGGACUACCUCCAGGAAAACAUUGGCAAUGGGGACUUCUCAGUGUAUAGUGCCAGCACACACAAGUUCUUGUACUACGAUGAGAAGAAGAUGGCCAAUUUUAAGAACUUCAAGCCCAAAUCAAGCAGGGAAGAGAUGAAGUUUGCUGAGUUUGUGGACAGACUCAAAGAAAUUCAACAGAAAGGGAGUGCUGAGAGGCUAUAUCUGCAGCAAACCCUCAAUGACACAGUAGGAAGGAAGAUUGUGGUGGAUUUCCUUGGUUUCAACUGGAAUUGGAUUAACAAGCAGCAAGGGAAACGUGGUUGGGGUCAACUGACUUCUAACUUGCUUCUUAUUGGCAUGGAAGGGAAUGUGACACCAGCUCACUAUGAUGAGCAGCAGAACUUCUUUGCUCAGAUUAAGGGUUAUAAGAGGUGUAUCCUGUUCCCUCCUGAUCAGUUUGAAUGCCUCUACCCUUAUCCUGUGCACCAUCCCUGUGACAGACAGAGCCAGGUGGACUUUGACAAUCCUGACUAUGAGAAGUUCCCGAACUUCCGGAGUGUGGUUGGCUAUGAGACGGUGGUGGGUCCAGGGGAUGUACUAUACAUACCUAUGUACUGGUGGCACCACAUUGAGUCUCUCCUGAAUGGGGGGAUUACCAUCACUGUGAACUUCUGGUACAAGGGUGCCCCAACCCCAAAGAGAAUUGAGUAUCCGUUAAAAGCUCAUCAGAAAGUGGCAAUAAUGAGGAACAUUGAGAAGAUGUUGGGAGAAGCCUUAGGAAAUCCACAAGAGGUGGGUCCCUUGUUGAAUAUGAUGAUUAAGGGACGAUAUGACUAAUGCCUGGCUGCCGGGUGACUGAUGUUGGAGCUGCUUUGUUCACAAGCAAUGGAAGAUACUGAGCGCUAGUAUUGCACGCAGCACUUAACAGACUGAUGGGUUUCCUGACCUAUCCCUGCCCCAGUACAAUAAAGGGGGCUACUGGAACUGCAAAACUGUUAGUACCCCAUUCAUCCUCCAUUCUCAUUUAACCGAACCUCCCGAGAAAGAGUCUGCACUUGCUGGAAGCUGGAUUCAUGCUCACUAGCUUGUUUUUUCUCCUUCUGCCCUGUUUGCCACAAGGAGCAUGAUUUCUGGCAUUUUGAUCUGUUGCUUCAGGAUUUUCAGGCAUUUGAAGAAGAGCUUGGAGGGGAACCACGUGUGAUCUUGUUUCCUCAGCCUCACAGGGUUUGGACCUCCUGGCUGGGUUUAUGGAUUGGUGCCUGCAGUGAAUAUAAUAUGGGUAUUAUAGGUUUAAAAGUCCUCUGUUGUUAGAGGACCUGUCCAUGCUCAACUCUUGGCACCUUUUUGUAAAAUGGAAACAAACAUAGCCUGUGUGUGAUGAUCAACUACACAACUGGUUUGAUUUCUUCAACUUAUGACAUCCAUGCUUUGGACUUAGUACAGGGUAGAGAUCAGAGUGAAUUCAUCUAGUGUGUGAGCACCAAAUCCAAUGCUGUCCAAAUAACAUCUGUGUUGUAGGAGUCUAGAUAAACCUCCUUUCCAACAGCUUUUUUGGGGGAGUGAAGGCUUCUUUCCCACUCUUCUGAAGCUGCAGUGUGGUUGAAGGGGGAUAUACAUUAUGAAGAGGGAUGCAUUAAUGCUGGGGCACUCUCCAAGUCUGGAAUGGUUAAGCCACAUUUUCAAAUUAAAUUCCCCAGGGGUGUUGAGCUAGACAGUCAAAACGCAGCGUCAGAUAGGUACAGAGCCUCUGUUCUCUCCUCACCAGGGGUGCUGGCUCCUUGGAGUAACAUGGGAAAGUGCUCUUUUUACUGAAACUUCAAGAACUCAAGUGUGUGUGGCUGCGCACAGAUGCGUGUGUUUGUGUGAUGAUGUGUGGCUCCUGUCCAUCAGUUAUUCCAUGCCAGUGUGUGGUUCCCUUCCUUGUACAGUCAUGUGAAAGAGGUUGGGGCUUUCUGUUUAAAUGUGGUUAAGUUUAUCUUGAUCCUUUUUGUGUUCUGGGACUUGACAUGGCAGGCUGGGAAGUGACAAGAGAACCAGACAAGCCUCUGUUUAAGAAUCCUUAGCAAUGACCUUCAAAAAUGAUUUUGCUUUCUUCCUCCUUUUGCAGACAAAAGCCUUAGACUCAUAUGGAGACUGGCUUUUUAUUCCCUGAGGUGUGCUGCACUGCUGUCCCUGGAUUAGGGGGUGGUGCAAAGGUCUUGUAUGUUUGACGCAGUUGUAAUGGGUCCCAAGAACCAGAGGUGAAAGAAGCCCAUAUAUCUCAUCCCAGGGAACAGUGGGGAAGUCAUUCUGUUGAGACUUCCCAGCAUUUUCUCUGUUGUUCUUUGGGGCUUGUUCUGACGUUCUGAUAAAAGCAUUAAGAACAUGGCACUCAAGAAGUGUCUUUGGCCUCCUGUUCCAUCCUUGGGUGGGACAGCUCAUGCACCACUUGCAGUGAGCUUGUCUUGCACAAAGGUGAAAGGCUUCUCAAACAGGAGGUCCCAAGGGCUAGUUUCCUGGCUGCUUUACAGGUCAGAAUAGAUGAAGUGUAAUUGGCAUGUGCAGGGUUCUUGUUUAAGAAAUGUAUCUAUGUCACUGAGUAGUCUGACUGCCAUGUUAUUUGUUGCAGACUCUCCAGAGCUGUGGUUAGACCCAGAUGAAGGUCACUCAGCUGGAUGCUUAUCAGUGUUCAGCCUUUGGGCAGGUGAGAAAAAAGGCUAAGCUGCUGACUCUUGCCAAAAGCCAGGCCUUCCCAGGAAUCCUGGGCACAUGCCCUUGGCUGAAAGAUGCUCAAAUGAAAUCUCAUCUCUGUGCUGUUAACACACAGUAGUCACCGGUACUACUUGUUAGACACCAUCAGCUCUUGAAGCUCAGGGUGGGAGUUCAUAUCCCAUGGGGAGAGAGAAUGGUACUUCAGGAUGCUUUUUUUUCUUUAUUUGCCAAAGGUCUAACUCUUAAAGUGUCUGAGCAGGUUUUGCUGCACUUGACUUCGUGAAAGCUCAUUUACAAUGCACUGAUGGACUGACUCCUUGCCCCUUCCCUUUUCACCUUGUGCUUUCAAUGCCCCUUGCCAUGGUAUUCGGAAGCUGUGUGUUCUCUGCUAGGGGUGUGUGUGCAGGGGGUGGGGUGUGACCAACACACGGUACCUUCUGAAGUGUAGUUCUUAAAUACAACCAAUGUUGAACAACAAA